AGGCAGGGAGGCCGACCACAGAACCCUUACAAGGACCACAAAUGGCCCCCAGGCCACACUUUCAACCAAUAAUUAUAGGAUGUAAGCAAUUCAGAUUAGCAACAGUUCUGAAUUGCUCUAGAGAUUAUCAAUUCUUCACCUGUCUCUUGAGAAAGACCUCCUCUAAGUCAACUGAUUCUCCCCCCUAAAAAUAUUUCCUCUGUCAUAACCCCAUCCCUUUACUUCCUCCACCGUCAACCCGUCCCCUAACCUCAGAUUGGUGAGCACCAACAGGUGUCCGCAGGCCUCCCACAACAAACACAUUCCACCCAUUCGUGACUCCCAACAUUGGCACCUAAUCAGGCUGUGCUUUCACCCAGAGAGCCAUGACCACAAAAGUAGGAAGGGGCAGGAGAGAGAAGAGCUGGAUAGACAGUGUGCCACUGGAGGAGCGAGCUGUACGAGAUAAGCUGGACUCAGGCGCAGGAACUCAGAAGUUAGAAGGACUGCAGUCUUUUACAAGGAUGUAAUGUCUGCCAUCAUGGGACAGAUGAGGAUGUUUAACAUUGACACGUUCCUCGUCAUUUGUGGCGUUCUUUGUUUCACCUGCACAGGAGCUUCUGAGACAGAGCGGAGACUCCAUCAGAAGUUGUUCCAGGACUACAAUGUGAAAGUCAGACCGGCUCGUCACUGGAAGGACAGGGUGAUGGUGCGAGUGGGGAUGACGCUUUCCCAGCUCAUUGGCUUGAAUGAAAAGAACAGCGAGAUGACAACAAACGUGUUCAUGAAUCUGAAUUGGACAGACUACAGGCUGUCAUGGAACCCGGAGGAGUACGAUAACAUUGCAGUUUUGAGAAUUCCUCCCCAGAAGGUGUGGCGUCCUGACAUCUACCUGAUAAACAAUCACGAUGGGCAGUUCGAUGUGGCUCUGUACGUUAACGUCUUGGUUUACAGUAAUGGUAUGGUCAUUUGGUUGCCUCCUGCCAUCUACCGCAGUUCCUGCUCCAUUGAGGUGGCAUAUUUCCCAUUCGACUGGCAAAACUGCAGUAUGGUUUUCCGCUCGUACACCUAUGACGCCUCAGAAGUUGACUUGCAGUUCUAUCUUGAUGAAAGUGGGGCAGAUAUCCAGGAGAUUGUCAUCGAUAAGAAUGCUUUCACAGAGAAUGGAGAGUGGGCCAUCCGUCACAAACCAAGCAGAAAGAAUGUUGGGGAUGACCUGUAUGAAGACAUCACCUUCUACCUCAUCAUAGAGAGGAAACCUCUCUUCUACAUCAUUAACAUCAUUGUCCCCUGCAUCCUCACCAGUGUGUUAGCUAUAUUUGUCUUCUACCUUCCUCCUGGAGCAGGGGAGAAGAUGACUCUGUCCAUUUCUGUCCUCAUCGCUCUGACGGUCUUUAUGUUGCUACUGGCCGACAGAGUCCCAGAGACCUCACUUGGCAUCCCUAUCAUCGUCAACUACGUCAUGUUCACCAUGAUCCUGGUCACUUUCUCUGUCAUCCUGAGUGUGGUGGUCCUCAACCUUCACCACCGAACGCCUAGUACCCACAUCAUGCCGAACUGGGUUAGAAAGGUCUUCAUUCACAUCCUGCCCAGAUACAUCGGUAUGAUGAGACCAAACCCAGAAGAACCCUUACUGGAGGAGGAUUCAGAGAAGGAUGACACAACGUUCCGAGGUCUAACUGUACACCAGCCUGGAGGAGAGUAUUUCUUUCGCAAGAUCAACCCUGAUCUUGUCUUACCCUGGAGAGGGAG